AUGGCGUCAACAACUUCUCAUGGUCAUGCGGCCGUCGGUUCUGGUACGAAGGAAGAGGCGUUUGUCAACUUCCUUCUCGAACAGAAGGAAAUACGCCAAAUACACUCGACAGCUUGCACUCCGGCCCAUACCCUUCGUGGUAUGGCCACAACGCUUGCUCUAGCCUUGCAAACCUAUGCGGACGAAUUGGAGCACACGAAUUCGGAGCACGAACGCAUGGCAAAGGAGAUUGCAGACUCGAAGAAUACCACGGCAUCGAUGAUUGCGAAAAGAUUGCAUCAAACCGCACACAACCGGCUCGGCCCGGGAACACAGCAGUUCCUGAGUCAAGUGGUGGGAGAGGAUAUCGCCCUGAUGGACUUGUCGGAGGGUGGUCGAAGCGAUGCGGCCGCGGGCGUUCCACCACCCGAUCAAACUGGGAGACCAGGAGACAAGAUGGAGCUGGAGGACGUGGAGAUGGGCGAGAUCGGGGACGACAAGCAGUUCAUCCAGGCGAUCGCAACAAAGUUUAAAAAAGUCCAGGAGAGGACGCAGGGGUGGUGGUGUCGGUACCGAAACCGACUCAGCGGGGCGGAAUUUGUCAAGUUCUCCAUGGUGCAAAUUGGCACCACGAAGUGCCCGUUCUGGUUCGAAGAGGGGCAGUUUCCCCCUACAGACGCAACACACUACCAUGGCUACAGAGAAAGUGCCAAGGAGCCCAUCGAAUUUCCCAUUCAGCUUCUGGGAGAGACAAGCGAUGAAAAACAACCCGGCCGUGCCGUCGGCACCGAAGCAUGGAGACUCCUUGAGUACUGGCCUUUCUCCCUCUUCAGACGUGCGGGGUCGGACCAAGCCGGAGGAGAUGAAGAAAACAAUGCAUCGGCGGCGGGGGGGCAGGAACAGGCCGAACCGGCUCCAACUCCAGAUCCCAAGUUCUGGAUCUCUGUGGUGCCUAAGGAUACCACAAAUAAUCUGGAAGUACAACUGGGAGAUUCCCCGGCCAGUGGCUGGGGGGUUCGGCUCAAAGAGGAGCCACGGCCAUCGGGUGUGGGGUUAGUUCUGACACUGGUGCGUGUCUGCUUGGUAGCUGUCGGUGUCGUUGUUGGGCUAUGCUACUGGAUCGAACACUCGUGUUCGGUAUGGGGUCUUAUGUUGUGA